AUGGGGACCCAACAUUUUUUUUUUUUGCACCAGGGCCCUAUCUACAUUAGUUCCACCACUGCAAUAAUCUGUCUAUUCUGUCAGCAACAUGCCAGACCUGCAAACUAUCCAGCUGAGAUAAUCAGAGGAGCAGAUCACCCAGUCUUCUCGCCUAAUAAUAGAGUCCUCUACCAUCACAGCCAGUAUAGCCCUUCUUACAUUCCCAAUCCUCCUGGCUGUACUAAAGGAGCUGUUCCCCAGCUGAUAGAAGGAACAGCUUCCUCCAGUGCAGCUAUUCUUGAGCUGAUGCUCGCAACAUCUUUACUCGAACAAGCAAUCUGUUAG